AUGGUGGGUCGCACCCUGGAGCGCCAUCAGUGCAUCGGGCCCCAUCAGGUGCGAGUGAUGCGCCAUCAUCCUGAGGACUACCUGAUCCAGUUCGAGGCCCCGGUGCACCGCGACACCUUGCUCGGCUACGGCGUCCUCCACGUCGACGGGGUGCCCUUCCUCACCAAGCCUUGGCGCCCCGACAAGCACGCCGUCAUCCAGCGGUGGAUGUUGCACGUGCGGAUCGUCUUCGAGCGCCUCCCCCUCGACAUGUGGUCGCUUGACGGCACUGAGGAGGUGCUUGCUACACCCCCGCUCGCUGCCACCCCGGGUUCUGUGGUGCCUCCAUCCAGCAGGGCAUCCUCCGUCCCUUCCAAGCGCAGUGCACGACAGGCGGUGGCCAAGAGCUCAGUGCCGGUGACCCAAAGGGUGACCCUACGCCUCGUGCAGGCUCUAGGCAUCCUGGGCCCAAAAGAGAAGAUGAUUGCGGUUGUUGCGGAAGAGUUCCUGAAGUGUUUCGAUACGCCGCUCAUCGAGGAGGAGAUCACUGGCCUGGGAGCUCUCACACGCCUCGACAAGGAGACCCUCAGGGUGGCGGCAGGGCUUGAUGGCCCCAGUAGCUCGGCUCUUGGCGCCGACUAA